AUGGCCAGCACCCGGCGAAUGAGAGCAUUCAAACGGUGGAUGAAAUGCCAAUCAAUUGAAUACAGCGACGCACUCGACCUCGUCAUACAACAAGAAGACCUACAAAUAUGGGUGAAGGCAUUGUGUGAUUUACAUGAUGGCGACCUGAUUGCCACCAUCCCCAAACACAGUUGCCUGACCGUCAAGUCCUCCGCCGCUUGCCCACUCAUCCAAGAUUUCUGUCUUGAAGGUUAUAUGGCACUUUCCGUCGCUCUCAUGUACGAGAAAAGCUUGGGCCAACGCUCCCCUUGGUUUGGUUACCUCCAGCUCUUGCCUGACUGCAACCCUGAGGUGCCCUUGCUUUGGUCUAUCGAUGAAAUCGACCAACUCCUACUCGGCACAGAGCUUCAUAAGACGGUUAAAGAAGACAAAGCUCUUGUGUACAAGGACUGGAAAGCAUGUAUUGUGCCUUUUGUGGAGUCAGCUCCUAUAAAACUUGAUCCUAAUGACUUUGGAGUCGAACAGUACUUUGCUGCAAAGAGUUUGAUCUCUUCCCGUUCCUUUCAGAUAGAUGAACAUUAUGGAUUUGGGAUGGUUCCUUUGGCAGACCUAUUUAAUCACAAGACAGAUGCUGAGGAUGUACACUUCACCUCUGUAUCUUCUCAUUCCGAAUCCGACGAUGAUACUGAUGAAAACAUGGAAAAUCAGGUUGACAACGAUCUUGAUGGAGAUCUUUUGCGUCAAAAUGAAUCAGACAUUGCCUCACCAAAACGUUCUUUUAGUGCUGAUGGUGCAUGUUCCCCAACCACUGAAAUUUUGGAAAUGAUUUUGGUGAGGGAUGUUAAAGCUGGAGCUGAGGUCUUCAACACAUAUGGAUCUAUGGGUAAUGCUGCCUUGCUCCAUAGAUACGGAUUUACCGAACCAGAUAACCCAUAUGAUAUUGUGAAUAUCGAUCUAGAGUUAGUACUCCAAUGGAGUUCAUCUCAAUUUUCAUCUCGGUACACUAGGAGUCGUCUUUCUUUAUGGAGAAGAUUAUAUCAUCCUGAAUUGUCAAGCCUGCAGACGGAAUACUUUGAAAUAUCUUAUGAUGGUGAACCAGAAGUUGAGUUGCUUAAGUUGAUAUUCAUAAUGUUGCUACCCGAAAAGACGUACAAUGAGUUUUAUCUUGCGGUAUCAACUGCCCAGAAUUCUGAUAAGUCAAUAACAGUUAUAUCUAACAAGGAAAGAAUCAUAUUGGGCGAGGUCAGUGAAUGGAACAAGAAAGUCUUGCUGACAGAAGGGGUGCGAGGUGCUUUGUUGUCACUGGCAGAUAGUAGGGAAAUAUGUUAUGGGUUGAGGUCGAUGGAGGAAGAUGUGGAAGCACUUGAGAAGUGUCCUGUGAGGGAGAAAAAGUUGCAUCAUUCUCUGGUGCUGCGCAUCAGUGAGAGAAGGAUACUGGAGAAGCUUAGGACUUAUGCGUCUGCAAAGAAAUAAUGUAGGAAAGAGAUGACAGACUCCUGUACUAACAACAGUGGUUUGCUAAGCCUUUGUGCAUCCCGAUUUGAUCAUA